GCAGCUCCCACCCCGACGGCGGAAGCGCAGGGAGCUAGCGCAACCGAAGACACCAUCAAGGUUCCCACCCAGGGCAUCAUCGACUUCGACUGCGGCAGGAUAUCGACGAGCCGGCAGGUCGUCACCCUGGGCGCGCUCUCCUGGGGCUUCGACGUGAGCUGCAUGAUGGACUACGUCGGCCCGGGCAUCGACAUCGUCGGCAUGACGGCCUACACCUUCGACGACUGCAUCCGGGCGUGCGCCAUGCUCAACAAUUUCGCCCGCAACAACACCUGCCUCGGCGUCUUCUUCAACGCCAACCUGACCACCAGCCUCCCCGCGAACCAUGGCAACUGCUUUCUCAAGGCCUAUCUGCCGCAGAUGACUGCCCAACCGGACUUGGCGGCGGCAGCGGCGCUGGUGUAUUCGCCGCGUUUCAUGAAUCAA